AUGCAGAAGUAUCAUGAGUGUCCGGCCCGUGAACCAUUGGAGCGUUUACGAAAGGUGGAUCGCGGAGGGGAGGUGCCGGAUGUGGCAAUCGGGGAUGAGCGGCCGGCUGCCUUUAGACAUCUCUACACUGAUGGGUCUGCUGCUCAUGGGGAGGGUGGUUGGGCAGUGGUCAUAUAUGAUGCUCCUCCUUCGCGGCCGGUGCCUCCAGACUAUGUGUUGUACGGUCCUGUUGUCACUGCUGUUUGGGAUCCUAAUUUCCUUGGGGCGGAGCGGGGGACCAACAACACGGGAGAGCUGACUGCCAUUGCCGAAGCUUGUGUGUGGUUGAAGGAGCGGGGUCCGGAACGGGAUGUUGGGGGGGAAGUGCUGGGGGCUGAAAUCCAUUAUGACUCUGAAUAUGCGCGGGAUAUCGCAGUUCGUGUGGCUGUUCCCAAGUCCAACCUUGCUCUGGCUAAUCGGGUUGCGGAUCUUGUUGAUGAGGUGCGCAGGUUGCGACCGUUGCGAUUCCGCCAUGUGAAAGGGCACAGUGGGGAUGUUGGCAAUGACGCGGCUGACAUGUUCGCGGACAAGGGGGCGCAGGGGCGAAGUUCGCCGCAGUGGUCAAGGUGGUCUGAUGUGCCGGCUCGCAUUUUCACGAUAAAUUCACAGUCCUUAGAAGCGGUUUGGACCACCCUGGGGGCGGGUGCUGAUGCGGUAGGGAUGGUCACUGCGGGAAGUGGGGAGCGUUGGUUGGAGGAGGUGACUAGAGCCUUGGGGAUCGCGUGGCCACUAAGUGAUGAACAACCGGCUCGGGAUGCUAUGUGCCAUGGGCGGCGAAGUCGGGAGGUGAUGGACGCUCUCUUUGCUUUUAAAGACGAGAUUCGCAACGGGAACCUGCUGAGGGUUGAGCCUGAAAUGGGAGCCGGAAAAAGCGUCUACCGCGCCACCUCCGCCACCUCCACAGCAGCCGGCCGUCGACGUGGCUCCCUCGAUCGGAUGCGGCUGCGGAUGCGCGUUCCUCCCUGCGACGCGGGGCUUUCGGAACGAAAGGAUCGACGGCAGCGCAGCGCAUCGGAGCUAAGAAUGCUUGAUACUAUGCCAGGACUCACGGGAGGGAGCGCGGGGGCACUGGUGAUUCUUUUGUAG